AUGUUGCCUUUGCGUAUUUCCAGAGUUGCUGCUGUCACUUACAUGAAGCCAACAAGUGCUCGAAAAGUAGUUCCCUGUUACGAUGAACCAGAAUAUAAAGCAAUCUGGAAUGUGACAAUAAUACAUCCUUCUGGGACUACAGCAAUUGCAAAUGCAAAGGAGUUGAAAGUGUCAGAGUAA